GAGCCGCGCCUGCGCAGCUUCCCGGCGCCGGCUUCCGGGUGGUGCGAGUGCGAUGGGGCGGAGGGCAGGUGUCGCCGAGUAGCCGCGGCGAGUGGGCGUGUACACCAAGCGGUCUGGCCAGAAGGCUGGGGACGGCCGAGGGUCUCGGGAGCAGGCCAGAGGGCGCGGAGAGAGCCUGGGAUCGCCGUCCGCCGCUGCCACCCGGCAUGUCGGCGGAGGCCUCGGACUCGGCAGCCGCCGCGGCCCCAUCCCUGGAAACCCCUAAGCCCUCGGGUCUAGAGUCUGGCCCCGCCGCCUACGGUCUCAAGCCGCUGACCCCGAACAGCAAGUAUGUGAAGCUGAACGUGGGCGGCUCGCUGCACUACACCACGCUGCGCACCCUCACGGGACAGGACACCAUGCUCAAGGCCAUGUUCAGCGGCCGCGUGGAGGUGCUGACCGACGCCGGAGGUUGGGUGCUGAUUGACCGGAGCGGCCGUCACUUUGGUACAAUCCUCAACUACCUGCGGGACGGGUCUGUGCCACUGCCGGAGAGUACCAGAGAACUGGGAGAGCUGCUGGGAGAAGCACGCUACUACCUGGUUCAGGGCCUGAUUGACGACUGCCAGCUGGCGCUGCAGCAAAAAAGGGAGACGCUGUCCCCGCUGUGCCUCAUCCCCACGGUGACAUCUCCCCGGGAGGAGCAGCAGCUCCUGGCCAGCACCUCCAAGCCCGUGGUGAAGCUCCUGCACAACCGCAGUAACAACAAGUACUCCUACACCAGCACCUCAGACGACAACCUACUUAAGAACAUCGAGCUGUUCGACAAGCUGGCCUUGCGCUUCCACGGGCGGCUGCUCUUCCUCAAGGAUGUCCUGGGGGACGAGAUCUGCUGCUGGUCUUUCUACGGGCAGGGCCGCAAAAUCGCCGAGGUGUGCUGCACCUCCAUUGUCUAUGCCACGGAGAAGAAGCAGACCAAGGUGGAAUUUCCAGAGGCCCGGAUCUUUGAGGAGACCUUGAACAUCCUGAUCUACGAGACUCCCCGGGGCCCAGACCCAGCCCUCCUGGAGGCCACAGCGGGAGCAGCUGGAGCUGGUGGGGCCGGUCGCGGGGAGGAUGAGGAGAACCGAGAGCACCGUGUCCGCAGGAUCCAUGUCCGGCGCCACAUCACCCAUGAUGAGCGCCCUCAUGGCCAACAAAUUGUCUUCAAGGACUGACCUCUGACCGUCCCCCUGCCUUCCUCCUGCCUUGGGACCCAGUCUCCCUCUCUUUUCCUCCCCUUCCCAGACCUUUGCCCCGGCUCUGCUGGUCAAGUCGUGGGUCCUUCUCUGUCCCUUCAUUGCAUGGCACAGCUCACUUUGGCGCUUCUCCAUCCAUCUGGACCCCAUUGCUAACAACACGGUACAUUCCUGCCCCCGCCGCUCAGAGCCUUCCGAAGCCAACGCUUGUCCCCAUCCUGCGUCCUUCCCUCUCCAGCUGGUUGAGAGGGAUUUAGAAUUCCCUUUCUCUUUUCUCAGUGCAUCUUCCAUGCCAAAGUGUCCAGCCUGCCCUUCCCAACACCACCGCAGUCUGAGCCGCCUCCUGCGUUGCGCAGGGCAGUCCACCCUGUCCUCCCCACUAUCCUCCCUACCUCCUUAACUUUCUACUAGACUGGCCUGGGCCUGCCCAGCUCAGCGUUCUCAGUCUGUUUCAUAUUAUUUAUUAUUUUAAUUUUCUAUUAAAUUAUUGGAAUAAAGUUGAGUUGAGGAACUG